CAUCACUGAGGACCAGAUUUCAGAUUCUUCGCAGAAAAGAAAAACAAAACAUUAAAGCCAAGAAAGUUAGAAGAUCGAAGAAGAAGAAGUAGAAGAAGAUCAACUAAUUAUAGUUCUGUUAUAAAUUGUUUUCUCUCUGAAAUCUUCAUACAGCUUCUGAUCAUGCUGCCUAAGCUCAGCUCUUCCUCUUCCUUCAACUCUUAUUUCUCCUGCAACUUCUUCGAUUCAGAAAACGAAAUCCCAAUGGCCCGAGGCAGUCUUGACGUGGACGCUGAGUACACCGAAGCCUUCCACACCAACUCCUUCCUCAACAUAUGGGCAGAAGCCCAUGAACAUCCCAGCCCAGCUCCCUCCCCGAGAAACAACCAGCCCGACAAAAGCCCACUUCCAAACGUUCUCCUCCGGCCCACCCACCCCCCCCGCCGCACCCGAAUCCGGCGCCGGCCCCGCCCUUCUCGCCUACCUCGACGCCACCUUCCAAUCCUUCUCGGCAUCUCCGUUCUCAACAACUAUCUACCCGGCCUCGCCAGCGGCGGCAACAUAUCCGCCGCGGAUCUCUCCGCCUAUAUCGAUCUGGGCAACCCAUUAUCAUCAAAGAACCUCGCCCCAUUUCAUCGGACCCACUCGCUCUACCCGGCGCUCCUAACACGCCUCACCGCCGAGCGCAGGCGACUACGGCGGCGAGCACGUGCAGUGCGUGUUGCUAAAAAUGCGGCGGGUUUGGUAGUCCUCACUGCUGUGGGUACGGCUGCGGUGGCAGCGGUUGUGAUUUUGACGCAUGCAGCUGUAGUGGUGGUGGCGGCGGCGGCGGCUGUGCCGGUGGUCGCCACCAGUUACCGGAGAAGGUGGCAGCGGUGGACAGAUGUGAAGUGGAUGGAGAUGGAGGGAAGAAAGGUGGAUGCUGCAGCAAGAGGGGCUUAUAUUCUGGGGAGAGAUAUGGAUACGGUGAGUAGGAUGGUGAGGCGAGUGCAGGAUGAGGUGGAGCACAGGCGUGACGUGGUGAGGUUGGUGUUGAGGAGUGGGGAAGAGGAGAUGGUGAGGGAGGUGGUGAGGGAGAUGGAGGUGGGUGAAGAUGUGUUUCAAGAGCAGAUUGAGGAGUUGGAGGAGCAUGUUUAUCUUUGUUUGCUGACUAUAAAUCGUAGCAGGAGGUUGGUGCAUGGCUGAGGAUAUGCUCAUUGCUUUAAUCUGUAUAGAUUGGUUUAAUAAAUGCAUCUAGUAGUACUCUAGACUUUUAGAAUAAUUAUUAGCAUUGUCAUUUUUAAUGGUCUUGGUCCUUUGACAUGCAUGUACAAUGAGAAAGGAUAUUAC